AUGGAAGAUCCAAUUGGUGUUGUUCAGCAAAUCUAUGAUCAUUUCAAUCUUCAUUGGUCGGAUGAGAUGGAAAUAGCUAUGUGCAAUUGGUUUCUCGAAAAUCCUCAAGGCAAACAAGAUCGACAUGAAUAUUCUCUUGCUGAUUUUGGUCUCACUCGGGAAGACCUCGAAAGACAUUAUGCUGAUUAUAACAAGUUAGUUCUUUCUUCAACAUAUUCGAAUAAUCAAUCUUCAUCGACAAAUUCAGCUCAAUCAUAA